AUUGUAUAUUACCGAGCGUAGGCCGACCGAGGGAACUCUGAGAGAACGAGGGACUCUGCUGUUUAUCGUUUGGACAAGAAGACGAACGAGAGCCGAUGUUUUCAAGUCUGACACGGCACGGAUAGGAUCAUGAAUAUCUAGUUUGUUUGUGUUACAAAAAUGGCGGGGUCGGCCGGUAUGGUGCUUUCGGCCAGUCCUAGAUCCCAUCGGCGGGCCGCCUUGGUGUUCCUCGCGUGGGGGUCUGCGGUUACGGCGGGACUGCGGCUUCGUUCGACAAGCCACAGGACGAAGAAUGCAGGUAAGCACGGCGGGCGUACUUCGGACCACAACGAUGUUCUUGCCUUGCUGCAAGGCAUGCUCACAGACGCGAAAAACGAACUGAGUGCAAAAGAAGCCACGUUUUCAAAGCUGUUGUCGACCUGUACCGCAGAUGUAAAAGAGCAAGAGCGUGUGGAAAGAAGCGCGUGGAAUCAGCUUGCUUCGACUGAGAAGUCGCUCGCAUCGCUGAAAGCGCAGCUAUCUUCCGGUCAGGCGAAACUGGAAAAGAGCUCUUCCGAGGUUACUGCGGCAGAGGAACGGGUUAGAACUGCAAGAUCUGACGCAAAAACAGCAAGCGACUCCUUUAACCGGGAGCGCGCAUCCUUGACAAAAACGCUGUUAGCCUUGGAACAGGCACGUCACGAGAGAAAGAAAGGUGGCGUGAAUGCAGAAGAGAAGGGACUAAAUGGUGAUGGAGGAGCGCUGACGGUCAUGAUGGCAAAUUUCGAGUCGCAAACGCGAGCUGAUCUAACAAAAGCAAUCGCGAAAUAUAAAGAGGAGAAGGUACCACAGUUGAUUCAGAGUGGUUAUCUGACCACUAAUUACUCCGAGUACUAGCGCACCACUAAUGACAAGGUUAUUCGUUCUAAUUCCAAACUUUUUUUCCACGUCGACCCAGCUUAUGCGUGAAGACGUAAUCCGCAGUGCGCAAGAGGCGCUAACGGUGCAACAAGACGACGUGGUCCGGCUGCAGGAGAGUCGCGAAAGUCUACGGGUCGAAGCAUCUCGUGCUUCGAGAGAGAUUGCGAAGAUGCGCGACGGACUAAAAAGCGUGCAGAGCGGACUUGCAGACGAUCGUGCAGUGUGCGCGAAGCACGGAGAAGAGAAGAAAACGGCAUUGGCGGAGUUGAGCCGUCGGGUCUCCUCACUAGAAGACGCGGUUACGAGUAUGAAGGGUGACGCAGCUGUGUCGGUGGAAGCGAACGAGGAGGAAAAGGAAGCUGAGGUCGCGGGGAAGACGGAGAAAGGGAGUCAAGGCACGACGGAGAAGCGCGAGGACGCAGAGAAGGAGGAGAACGAAGAAGAAGCAAAAUCGACGACAGCGCAGGCACAGGCAGCGAAGAAGGCCGACUCGAAGCGUGCAGAGAAGGUUCAAAUGGCUGGUGAGACGAUGGAAAACGAAGACCAGGAAGAUCAAGCGCUAGAGCAAGAGGUUGUCGGUGACGCUACCCGGGCGUCGGAAUCCACUGCCGAUGAAGCCGACAAAACCGAUUCUGAAGCCGACGACCAAAACGAUGACGACGCUGAUGUGCUGAAGCAAAGCGGAGACGAGAAAAAUGGGGACUACGCCUUGUCUUUUCUGCAGACUGUGGGUUUCAACUCUUUGCGGCUGCAACAAGCGCUGACAUUUGUAUCCGAGGUGUCGCCACAACUUGCAUCCCUGAUCCAGAAUAGCGCGCUACAAACCAGCGCAAAAAGUGUAAGGUCUUUUGUUGUCGUUUUUGUUAAAGGAGUCUUUCAACGUGGACUUCAAUUUGGUAGACAAGUACUAGACUGGAUGAGUAGAAGCAAGUACUACUGUUCUUGUGAGAGGUAGUAUGCCUGUUGUAAAGCCAUCAGCCAGCGUGUGUUCAUGUUAUCCCUUCAUGACGUGCUAGCAGAGGCCCCUUCGACAAUGUGGCUGAGAUGAUCAAGCAAAUGGUGAGGCGCCUAGAGCAGGAACAGGCUGAGGAUGCGAGCAAAGAUCAGUUCUGUCGCGACUCGCUGAAGAAAGCUGACCAGAAGAAGGAAAAACUGCAGAAGGAAUUGAAGAAAUUCCAAGCGCGCGUUGCCACUACAGAGGCGCUCGUCUCGGAGCAGGGCCUGAAUUCAGACAAGACAAAGCGACAGCUUUCCCUACUAGCAGAGGAGCAAAAAAGGGACACGACUGGGCGGGCGGCGGAGAAGCAACAAAACAAAGCGACACUGGAUCGGGAGCGUGCGAACGAGAAGAAACUCCAUGGUGCGGUUACCGCAAUGCAGGGCGAGGAUGCAAACGUCUUCGGCAUGCUGAAACAGCUGCUAUGGUGACAAGUUGUAUCUCUCGCUGCAUGUUUACAAUGUCAAUACAUACAUUCCUCUUUCACAAAUUACGAUUAACUGCUUUCAUUCCUUCUGCACGACACCCAAGCUCUCGUCCAGAAUCUCACACAAGAGGAAAAGCAGGCCGACGAGGAGUUUACAGAGUUGAGUGACCGUCGUCGUGUCGAGACCGCAGCGUUGUCUCAGUCAGGCGAGAUGCUAGAAUUGGAGCGUGAACGGCUUAAAACGCAGCUCUUGCAAGAAAAGGAGGACGUCAGACUUACAGAAGAAGAGCUGCAGGCGGUGGAGCAAGGGAUCGUUAGUUAUGAAUCAAGAUGGACUUCGACUUUUUGUACUAGAUCGCAAGUUUCACUACAGGAAGUAUUGAUGUUCUAAAGCUUAGGUACAGAGCGAGAAGUCUAUUUACAUGACGAUCUCUAAUCGCUUCUCAAAGACGAAUGCGCACCGAAGGCUCUUAGUCCGGAAGAGAAGCAGGCUCGCCGUCAGGAGACUUUAGAAUCGCUAAAAGAGGCGUUGAAGGUGCUACAGGGCGAAAGCUAAAUGUGUACUUAGGAGCAAGAGAAGAGUGGGUUGGCGGAGAGCGGUUGAUGGAGUUUGGCCUGUGGGGACGACUAGAUUUUGUAUUGUUUUUUUCAUCAGAUUCAGAAGAUAAAUUUCUGGAUGUACAGAUUGUGAUGCUACGACUGUUGUACAGAAGAAGCUUGAAGCUUGUUA